CCGGUCUUGUCUGAAUUGAGUCAUCUAAUUCGUAUUUAUUAUUUCUCAAAUAUUCUAUUCAUCGUACCGCCUCCCCCGUAUUUAAGCCCGUGCUGUUCCUUUCCAUUUUUCUCAUAAGUCCCAUCAUUGCAUUUCGACGACGCCUUCAACAGCGUACUCCAGUCCUUCAUAAAACAAGCUUAGUCCUUUACGGUACCCUUUGUUGCCCAACUAAGCCUCAUGUUCGAGGAGAUAUGUCUAACAUGUUCUAAACACCUCCGCGAUGAUGGUCGUGCUUACUGCAGUGAUGAAUGCGAAAAUUCGGACAUGUACAAUUCUCCGUCUAUUUCUUCUGCCAGCAGUGCCCUUUCGUCUCCAUACAUCGAUUUUACUCCCGGUGGCGAAGUUCCACCGCUCAUGCCAUCUGCAUUAGGAACCGCGCUCAGCAGUAAUUUCCAGAAACGUGGCCGGUAUUCUGUAUCGUCUUCGUCCACCUCUUCAGCUUCGUGGUCCCUCUUCACUGAUGCUGAAGAGGAGGGCUAUGCUUCCGUCGGUAUUGACGACGAAGCCGUCUAUGAAGGGGAUGGUUUAGAGUCAGGUGUAUCCGGUGACAGCUUCGCACGGUCCGCAGGCUUCUUACAUCCGUGUAAGUCCUCAGGACUUAGCUAUACUCGCCAACCAUCGGCUACCAACAACCGUUCAACCAUUCCCCUUCUUCACCGCCGAACAUCUUCUACAUCUAGCUCAGGUUUCGGACAAGUUCAUUCCUCCGCUGAAGAUGAUGUUGAUUCUAUAAGCGACGUUCCCUUCCACGAGAAACCUUCGGAGCAAGGGCGGGAGUAUAACAAGCUCACUGUUACCUCCAAGUCUAAAAAGAGCCGCAAUCGUGCGAGUCUCCCUGCAUACUUCUCUCUUCUGCAGGUCAGCUCCCCCCAACGCAGCUCGCCGCCACUUUCCACUAGUUCAGGAAAUACAAUCAGUCGUGCUUCCCCCCCUACACCAAAAUUAGCUUCAUUGCUAGCUAUUUCUGGCAUUCGCCCUGUCGCCGAAGCCACGCCCCGCGGGCGGCGACGCGAACCCGAUACGAGUAGUCGCUCCAACUCCCGUUCUCGUGCACGCCAGCAGACCCUGGUUCCUGGCCUUCGUGAACGUCAGGACAGCCGCAGCAGCGUCGAGCAAGUCUUUGAUUGGACCUGUGCUCCGUUGACUCGGGGUCGUCCAAGUGUACGACGCAACUCGUCACCACUUCCGAAGAUGAUGUCCUCGAUGCAGCAAUUCGAGGAGACACCUUUCGUUAAUUCCAUUAAUGAAACACACGAACGCAGGGGCCGCUUCAAGCGCAACGAGCUUGGCGGACCAGGCUCGCGUGAUGCGCCGGGUUAUGGAAAUGGCAGGAGCGGCCUGCGAGAUCGGGUGCGAGAGCGCCAGCGCGGUAUUGAUACUGGUCUUCUGUAACCACACCCCCAGAACUCAUUUUUCGUUGCGCAUGCCGCGCCGAUAUAUUUAUGCACCUCAGGCGUGACAAAACCAAUGACCCGAGUAAAUGACUUCCUCGGCUCUGCCUACGACCAUGAUCGACCUCACUCUAUCGCCUCUGCAUCGUACUCUCGCCACAUUGCACUCAAAAAAUAACCGCACCAGCCAGCUUGACAUUCACUCUUCUAUAUCGACCAUACGUAACAUAUCUACACCAUCAAAGUAUACGGCAGAACUUCUAGUAGUCGCAGAAAAUUUACGGAAAUCACAGCACGCAUUCUUCGUCUUCACAUCACCAUUCAUUACUUAUUCGUGGUCGUCACAUUCAAAACUAGCAUUCAUCGUACCAUUUAGCAUCGACUUUCACCAUUCUGUGAUCGUCACAUCGGAUCGAGGGGAAUCAUUAUCAAGUACCAUACAUUGUUCAAUAUUCAACUGAGAUUGUGCAAUAAUAUUCGCUCUUCCUGUGCGGG